AUGGGCUCUGUGAGACCCGAGAAUUUGAGGCGUGCGCCAAUGACUAAAGGGUCAUCGAUCGAUCAUCUGGAAUAUGUCGAUGUGACUCCAAUCAUCGGCCGCGAGUAUCCCACCGCCAGCAUCAAAGACAUUCUGACGGCAGCCAAUGCUCAAGAGCAACUUCGCGACCUUGCAAUAACUAUUUGCGAGCGCGGCGUGGUCUUUUUCCGAGCCCCCCAAGAUGAUCUAUCCAUUGACGAGCAGAAAUAUGUGACCAACCUGCUCGGCCAAUUGACAGGGAGACCAGACGAAAACGGCCUCCAUGUUCAUCCCCUUUACAACGACCCAAAUAAUGUGCCCAUGGCUGAUGGCACCACGGACAAGAAUAUGCAAGUCUUCUACGCAGACCAAAGGAGGGGGCCAUAUGAGCAGUUGCUAAUAACUGUUAAAAGCUAUGUGAUCAACUCAGAAGCACAAAAGAAACUGUACGCAACUAUGAAGAAGCGUCCUGGAAACUCUCCUGACGAGCCGCGAGAACUCGGACGUGAGUGGCACAGCGACAGUCUCUUCGAGACGUGCCCCUCCGACUUUUCAUUUCUGCGGAUGCAGGUCACGCCGCCCGCCGGAGGUGACACCCUCUGGGUGUCCGGCUACGAGUUAUAUGACCGUCUCUCGCCGCCCUUUCAACGAUUCCUCGAGACUCUGACUGCGGAGUGUGCGCAACCCGUUUUCAAAUCGGCGUGCGAGGCCGGCGGGUACCAAGUCAUGUCACCACGUGGCUCACCCCUCAACGUGGGCUUUGAAUUCGCGCCCCAUCACCCGGUGGUCCGCACCCAUCCAGUAACGGGGUGGAAGAGUGUGUUUGCGGGCGUGGGGUUGCAUGUGUCGAGGAUCGAUGGGGUGUGGGCAUACGAGGACCAGAUGAUUAGGGAGUAUCUGAUGCGGCUCAUUACGCGUAACCACGACUGCGUCGCCAGAAUGCACUGGACCAAAGGCGCCUGUGCGAUAUGGAGCAAUGUCUGCACAUUACAUGCGGCCACGGGCGACGAGAGGCUUUGGUGGGGGGACGCAUCCGCUCGUUUACAGCACCGAGAUAAUGGUGAUGGAUCCUGGUCGGCGAACUUGCCCUCAAAGGAGUAA